UCUGCAGUUGAAUGUUGAAACUUCAAACUUGAAAGUUGACACCAACAGCAACGCCAAGGCUCCAAGCUUUCUCACUCCUUCUCCUUCUCUCUCUCCUCACAGGUUUCACUUCUCUCCCUCUAUCCCUCAAUUUCACACUCAAAAUCCAUUCUUUACGUUAGGGUUUCGAAAUCCCACGCAUUGCUGCUCCUUAACGCCAAUUCGCCAUCGAGCUUAGCACAUGGUCAAGCACAGAAAUAGUGAUAAGCUUUCAAGCACCGUACUCAUGCAUGUAUGAAGCUGCGAAUUACAAGCUCUGACUAAGAAUGCUGCAUGUGUUGGAAUCGGUUUUCCAUUUUUUUGAAGUUGAACUGAGUGGUGUGUGCUUGAAUAUGCUAAAGUGUGGAAUUUGGUUUUGACUGAGAGGUGAUGCGUUGCGCUGAGAUAUGGCACUUAAAGUUCCAGCUAAUAAAGCUGCUGAGAUUGCAAUUGGGUCCAUUGGCCGUGGUUAUGAUAUAUCUACUGAUCUAAGGCUCAAGUAUUGCAAAGGAGAUUCCAUAAAUUCACGUUUAAUUGAGAUCGAUGAACUUGAUGUGAGAGAGGUGGUUUUACCGGGUGGAGUUUCAAUUCCAAAUGUUUCCACAUCUAUAAAAUGUGAUAAAGGGGAACGCACUAGAUUCAGGUCUGAUGUUCUGUCUUUUCAACAGAUGUCAGAGCAGUUCAAUCGGGAAUUAUCUUUGACUGGUAAAAUUCCGUCAGGCCUUUUCAAUGCUAUGUUUGAAUUUUCUGGGAGUUGGCAGAAAGAUGCAGCCCAUACCAAAACCCUUGCUUUUGACGGGGUGUUAAUCACACUUUACACUGUUGCAUUAGAGAAGUCUCAGUUAGUACUCUGUGAUCAUGUUAAAAAGGCUGUACCACCAUCUUGGGACCCACCUGAAUUAGCAAGAUUUAUUGAGACCUUUGGUACCCAUAUUGUUGUUGGAAUGAAAAUGGGAGGAAAGGAUGUAAUAUAUUUGAAGCAGCAGCACUCAUCAGCUCUCCAACCUGCUGAUGUUCAAAAAAGACUGAAAGAGAUGGCAGAUAGGAGAUUUAUGGAUGCUACUGGCCAAUAUACAAUUGCUUCAGAUCAAGUUUUCCCAAAUGAAAAGUUUGGAAUCCGGGAACAGAGGCUAACAUUCGCUAAUGUGAGUCCAUCAAGUUCUUAUUCGCAUAAGGAGGACAUAAUAUUCACUUGCAAGAGGAGGGGUGGAAGUGAUUACAGAAGCCUACCCCACAAUGAGUGGUUGCAGACUGUUCAGUUAGAGCCUGAUGUUAUCUCAAUGUCCUUCAUUCCAAUCACAUCUCUCUUGAAUGGAGUUCCAGGGAGCGGAUUCUUGAGCCAUGCCAUAAAUCUUUAUUUAAGAUAUAAACCACCAAUUGAAGAGCUUCACCAGUUCUUGGAAUUCCAGUUGCCAAGGCAGUGGGCUCCUGUAUUCAGCGAACUUCCUCUUGGUCCACAACGUAAACAACGGAGUUUUUCCUCUUUACAGUUUAGCUUCAUGGGGCCAAAGCUAUAUGUGAACACAUCACAGGUUGACGUAGGUAACAGACCAGUGACUGGUCUUCGUCUUUAUCUUGAAGGUAAAAAGAGUAAUCGUCUGGCAAUCCAUUUACAACACCUUACAUCUCUUCCAAAAGUCUUCCAGCUUGAAGAUGAUCCAAAUGGCAACUUUCGGCGUGAGUCCUAUGAUAAGAGAUUCUAUGAGAAAGUUCAGUGGAAGAAUUUCUCUCAUGUGUGCACUUCUCCUGUGGAACCAGAGGAUGAAGUUUCCAUAGUAACCGGAGCACAACUCCAAGUUGAGAAUUAUGGCAUAAAAAAUAUACUCUUUCUGAGACUUCGAUUCGCAACCGUGCAAGGAGUUAAAGAAGUAAAGCAUCCCGAGUGGGAUGGAUCUCCUGGACUGGGAGCCAAGUCUGGACUGAUAUCUACUCUCAUUAGUCAGCAUUUCACAGCAACAUUUCAGAAGCCACCUCCACGACCCGCAGAUGUUAACAUAAAUUCUGCUGUCUAUCCAGGUGGUCCUCCUGUUCCUGUUCAAGCUCCCAAGCUUCUCAAAUUUGUCGACACAACCGAGAUGACCAGAGGGCCACAGGAAACUCCAGGCUAUUGGGUUGUGUCUGGAGCUAGACUUGCUGUUGAGAAGGGCAGGAUCUCUCUGAGAGUUAGGUAUUCUUUGUUAACUAUAUCGCUACCGGAUGAAGAAAUGUUGGAUGAUCAGUAGCUAAUUCUUUCUGUUGUUCGGGCCCGGCCUUUGCUUUCAAGGAGGGAAGUGAAGUUAUCUCCAACAAAGUUGGCGGUUUUGGUAAUCAAGGAGUUCAUUGAAAUGAUGUGUAGGGAUACAAAUGUUGUGUUACUUGAGGAAUGCCACUGCUUUACCCUCUUACUCUAUUUUCACUCUGC